AUGUCAACGAACAGUUUGCAGGGAGAAGUAAUAAUGGAGGAAAGACGAGAGACGGGGGGAGAGGGAGAGAGGGAGAGGGGGGGGGGGGGGGGGAGAGAGAGAGAGAGAGAGAGAGAGAGAGAGAGAGAGAGAGAGAGAGAGAGAGAGAGAGAGAGAGAGAGAGAGAGAGAGAGAGAGAGUAGCCUGCACCACCUCUCCUCUAAGCUACCCCGCACCAUCUCGCCUGCCUUGUCCUUUUAG